AUGUCGACCCCAGCCAAUGGUUCAAGCUCAAAAAAUAAUAAUGAUCAAACAAUCACAUUCGUUCCACAAUAUGACGCCCAAAAGAAUCCGUCCAUUUCGCCCUUUGAAGAAGUUUCGGUAAAAUCAGAAAUCAUUACACCAAUAAUCCCACAAUCUUGUUCGAUGCCCAUCUCGCCAGCAUCAGCGCUACUACACGGGCACAAGUCAACAUUUCAUGCGAGUAACAAGGGCGCUGAGAAUUCUUGGUGUGGUUCUCCGGCGCCUUCCAUUUAUUCAGAAGGUUCCGAAACUCUUGGUACGGUCGGGCUACAGCGUCCAGUGCCCCUCCAUCGACGUUUAUGGCAAAAAUAUCGCUCCCAAGAAAGGAUCUUGCCGCAACAUAGUGGCUGGUCGAGCCCGACACUCGCCGGCACUCCUCGCUCACAAUCUGGGAGUGGAGAUUUCGUUCUCUUGAGUACAAAAAAAUCCCCAACUCCGGGGACUCGAACAAAGUCGUUUUUCCGAGCUGUGAGGGAUGCCAUUUUCAGGCAUAUCGAUCCCAAAACUGUCUUCGAAAUGUUUGAUUUUCGGGAGUUGGUGUAUCCUUUCGGCCUUUGGAAAUACACGGUACUUCUCCUUGUGGGAUGUGCCAUCGCCGGCGUCGUUGUCUCGGAGCAUUAUUUCCACUGGAUAGAAGAAUCUAUGGAAAUCACAAGAAAAAACAUGCUGCCUAUACUAGUUAUUGUCAUUGGUCUUGAGCCACUGAUGAUCUCAAUCGUCCUCCUCGUUGCUAGAGUUGCAAAACUUGAAUCCGGAUCAGGAGCUUUGCCAAGCGGUCCCGGAACAGAUGAAGAGGACGACCCGAGCAUUUUGGAGAAAAUCACCGAUCACCGCACUGCGCUCGUAAUCCCAUGCCAUAAUAGCGACCGGGAAGCCAUGAAGAAGGUUCUCAAGUCUGCGUAUCCUCACUUUAGGCCGCAAGACAUCUUUAUCGUCGAUAAUGGGCGGACAAAAUACCCUCCGGACGAUUUCCGUGACUUUAUGCGACAGCAACAUCCGGACAUUGUGUAUAUCUGGUCGCCAAUCGGUAGUAAAAACGCAGCACAGCUUGUUGGGGCGUUGGCAGCCAAGGACUACGAGUUCAUCAUGACAGUUGACGACGACGUCUCCAUACCCGCCAAUUUCCGCGCUCCGAUUGAUAAAAUUGACAAUCUAACAAAAGGUGUUGCUUUUCCCCUUCGCGCCAUCGAUGCUCACGGUCGCUCGCCACUUUUCAUGGUGGCAUGGCAGGAUUGUGAAUAUAAGAUGUCUGGGCUCAGUAAGCUGGCGGAAUCCCGGCUCUGCGGAGUCUUGUAUCCCCACGGUGCUGGUUGGUUCUGCGAACGCAACACUCUAAUUGACCUGAUCAGCAAUUACCACUCUCUCGACUUCAUUGCCGAGGACGUGAACACAGGCCUCUCGAUGCAAAAGAUGAAGAAAAGAAUUGCAUUUGAUUCUCGAAUUGUACUAGAAACCGAAGUUCCCACUACGCUCAUUGGCCCUGGUCUGAACUGGUGGCAGCAGCGUAAAAACUCGUGGGAAAUGGGCCGGCACGGUCGUCUGUUAGCCUUUGCUGGAAGGUUGUUUCUCUCCUUCAAUGGCCAGACCACAAUCCAAGGAAUACUGGCUCAAAAGUUCAUUCAUUGCUAUGCGAUCGCCACGGUUGUGGUGGACUGGGUCCGGGUCCCUGUGCUCGUGACAAUGGGAUCAAACUUAGCAUUCUGGCGACAAGCUCUACUCCUCAGCCUCGUCUCAAUUCUGCCACUCAUGGCAUUCAAAUAUAUUAGCGCGAGGAGACGACCUGACUUGCAACCUGGAUUUUGGGGGUGUUUGACCUAUCCCUUCUACAAGCAACUUUAUGCCCUUGUGUCCAUCAUUGGGGCGGUACGGAGCGUGGUCCAUUAUAUCGGAGGCCAUAAAUUGCCAAAGACUGUUCGCCAAAUGAUAAAGAGCAAUGACGAACGUGCCUUUUGGACGGAUCCUCGAUUUGAAUCAAACCCGGGCUUCCUAGCUGAUGAGGGCGAGAUGUUGCAAGGGGGCUGGAGUGGAGCGACGUCAAGCCAGGUGACUGUGGUAACUGUACUCGUAAAGUAG